CUGCAGACCACAGCAAAAGAAAUCUUUAGACAACGCCCUUCACAUUUUCACACAGACAGAUGAGAGGAGCAGCUAUGAGAUUAAAUACAGCAGUGAGAGGAUUUGUUGUCGUCGUUCUCUCUGGGUCAGUGGUACAGAGUCAGGAUGGCUGGGGAGUGACUUACACUUCUACUCAGAUCUGUGCUGUAAAAGGAUCAACAGUGGAAAUAAAAUGCAGCUACACAUACCCAUCCAGGACACAAUAUCAAAUUACUAAAGUUCAAAUGAAAUUGUGGUUUACUAAAGGAACCAAUCAUAAUCCUGUGGAUCUGAAAUCAGACUCAGACUACACAGGACGAGUGGAGUAUCGUUCUAAUCAGAAGGACUGCACUCUGAGAAUCACAGAGCUGAGAGAGAGCGACUCAGCUGUGUACAAGUUCAGAUUCAUAACAAACCAACAAGGAGGGAGCUAUAUUGGUUCACCUGGAGUCACUUUGAUUGUCACAGAUCUCCAGGUGCAGGUGAUCACAUCACAGCACGGACAGGAUGGUACCCAGGUACAGCUGAAAUGUCACAGCAGCUGUCUGCAUGAUCGUCCUUCCUAUGUGUGGAUGAAGAAUGGGCAGGUCACCCUGAGAGAAACAUCUUCUACUCUUCGGUAUUCAUUUUUUCCUGAAGACAACAUUUCCUGUGCUCUAAAAGGACACGAGGAGUUUCCCUCUCCAUCAGUGUAUGCUCCAAAGCUUCCCUCUGUGUCAGUGAGUCCCUCUGCUGAGAUAGUGGAGGGCAGUUCAGUGACUCUGACCUGUAGCAGUGAAGCUAACCCAGCAGCUACGUAUGUCUGGUACAAGAGGAACAGCCAACCACUCAGCAAAAACUCACAGCUCAUCUUCAGCUCCAUCCAGUCCUCUGACUCUGGAGAGUAUUACUGUUCAGCUGUGAACAAGCUGGGGUCAACACUUAAAUCCAUCACUAUUGAUGUGAAAUAUGCUCCAAAGUCUCCCUCUGUGUCAGUGAGUCCGUCUGGUGAAAUCACAGAGGGCAGUUCAGUGACUCUGACCUGUAGCAGUGAAGCUAACCCAGCAGCUACGUAUGUCUGGUACAAGAGGAACAGCCAACCACUCAGCAAAAACUCACAGCUCAUCCUCAGCUCCAUCCAGUCCUCUGACUCUGGAGAGUAUUACUGUUCAGCUGUGAACAAGCUGGGGUCAACACUUAAAUCCAUCACUAUUGAUGUGAAAUAUGCUCCAAAGCUUCCCUCUGUGUCAGUGAGUCCCUCUGCUGAGAUAGUGGAGGGCAGUUCAGUCACUCUGACCUGUAGCAGUGAUGCUAACCCAGCAGCUAGUUACACCUGGUACAAGGAGGAUGAAGACUCACUUAAAACAUCAGGACACAACUUCACCAUCAGCAACAUCAGGCCUGAGCACAGUGGGAGUUAUUACUGUGUGGUCCACAACAACAGAGGGACUCAUAACUCCACCUUACAGCUGACUGUUGUAGCAGGAGCAGGAACAUUAGAAGCUGCUGGAGUAACUGCUGCUGUUCUCCUGCCUGUCAUAUUCUUCUCUGUCUUCCUGUGGAUUCAAAAAAAGAGGAUGUCCAAGGAACCUGUUAAAUCUGAAGACAGAGCCAACAACAGAGAACAGUGUUUACCUGAUCAGAGACAGCCAGAGGAGCAGGAUGAUCUUCAGUAUACCAGCAUCCACUUCUCCAAUAACCAGGCAGAUCCUCUCUACUCCAACAUCAGAGCAGCUCAGCCUCACAGACACAUGCUGGAACAGGAAGUUACUGAGUACACUGCUGUUAGAUUUAACAGAGGCAGUGCAGCCAAGAGAGAUAGAAGUCAGGAAACAGGAGAGUCUCCAUGUGCACUGUACUCCACAGUCAACAAAACCAGAUGAAGGGACGGGUUGAUGAUGAUGAUGUGAUAUUUAUGUAGAUUUUAAAAAAGAUUCGGCUCAAUUGUAGUUAAGUGGUUUUUAAAAUAGGUGAAAAUUUCUUAUAUUGUUAUGUUUAGUCGAAAAAUGUUACUGUGUUUUCCUCUUUUUUUGUAUAGUUGUUGUUUUUAAAUAUCACACUGUUAAUAAUAGACCAAGAUCUGAGUGUAUACAAAAUGCAGGUUUUAAAUGAAGAAUAGUUUUUUAAGGGACAAGCAGCUAUCCAGACGUCUUGAUGCAUUCUCAAUCAUCCAGGAAAGUAAAUCUCCAAAAGUUGAAUCUGUUCAUCUGGACGUAGCGUGUGGGCUGGUUUUAGUCAUUAUGCAAAUGUACUGUUUAUAAGAUUGCGGAAACCUGCAGUCAGCUGAGACUGAA